AUUGAUGAACAUCUCAGAAAGGCUUUGAAAACUUCUAAUACAAUCAUAAAGUUGAAUAAUAACGGUGAAUGAUACAAUUUAAUAGAUAUUUCAGGGAUGUCUUAUUGUUAUUGACGGAUAAGAAAUCUCUGACAACAUUAAAGAUAUUUCAGGGAUGUCUUCAGGUAAAGAGGUAUGUCUUAUUGUAAUUGAUGGAUGGGGAAUCUCUGAAAACACUGAUGGGAAUGCCAUUCAUGCAGCCCGCACACCGGUGAUGGAUGAGAUGAGUAUUGGAGACAAGGCUCUAACACUCAAUGCCAGUGGCCUGGCAGUUGGACUUCCUGAUGGCUUGAUGGGGAACAGUGAAGUUGGUCACCUGAACAUUGGGGCGGGCAGGGUAGUCUAUCAAGACAUUGUUGCCAUAAACUUAGCUUUCGAAAAGAAUACUGUUCUCAAUAACCGUGCCUUGAUUGAUGCUGCCAAACGUCCAGCAAAGAAGAUCCAUCUUCUCGGUCUAGUAUCCGACGGUGGAGUGCACUCCCACAUAGACCAUGUUAAGGGACUACUCUCAGCCCUGAAGGAGCUGGGUGCCCCACCUGCAUUCCUCCACUUCUUCUCUGAUGGCCGGGACACAAAGCCCACCAGUGGUGUAACCUACAUGACCCAAAUGUUGGAGUUUAUUGAUGGGUUGGAGUAUGGGAGUCUGGCGACUGUGACAGGCAGGUACUACGCGAUGGACAGAGACAAGCGUCACGAGAGAAUAAAGUUAGCGUACGAGGGAAUGGUACAAGGUAUCGGAGACAAAGUGGCGCCAGCAAACCUAACAAUCUUUGUAGAGGAACAGUACAAACAGGGAGUAACUGACGAGUUCCUGAAACCGAUCAUUGUUAACGAUCAGGGUCUUAUCGGAGACGGAGACACGCUCUUCUUUAUAGACUUCAGGUCGGAUCGUAUGAGGCAAAUAACAGAAGCCUUCGGUGUACAGCGACACUUUGAAACCGCUGUCGUUCCCAAGGAUAUAUCCAUUACCACUCUGACGAAAUACAAGGAAGAUUUCCCGUUUCCCGUUCUGUUCCCGCCGCGUUCAAACGAGGAUACGCUCGCUGAGUGGCUGUCUAAAAAACAAAUCAACCACUUUCAUUGUGCAGAGACAGAGAAGUAUGCUCACGUAACCUUCUUCUUUAACGGUGGAGUAGAGAAACAGUGGGAGACAGAACACAGGAAGUUGGUGCCCUCCCCCAAAGUAGCCACAUAUGACCUGCAACCUACCAUGAACGCUGCUGGAGUCGCCAGGGAGAUGGUAGCAGCUAUAAGGACGGGUAGUUACCCGCUGGUGAUGUGUAACUUUGCACCACCAGACAUGGUUGGGCACACUGGUAAAUACGAGGCUACUGUCACUGCUUGCGAGGAAACUGACAGAUGUAUAGGAGAGAUCCGUAGCGCGUGUAGAGUACAAGGUUACACACUACUAGUAACAUCUGACCAUGGUAAUGCUGAGCAGAUGUACUCUGAAACAGGGGGACCCCACACAGCCCACACUUGCAACAGAGUUCCCUUCUACAUGGACGGAGGUAGUAAAACAUUUAGAUCGGAGGUCACGAGUGAUCCAGCACUGUGUGAUGUAGCACCCACCAUAUUGAGACUAAUGGGGGUAUCCCAACCUGAGGCAAUGACCGGUGACUCUUUAGUUGACUAGAAGAAUAAACCAAUUAGUGAAUCUGACUUAGUUUACCGUUAUAUUUCAUUGUUUAGCCUGAAACUGCAUUUUUCAUAACUAACGUAACUUUUUGAUUGAAAUUCAUUUUUAGUUGUUGACCUAUUUUCAUCAUAACUGCGGUUCAGGAAUUUAGUCCCUAAUUGAGCUUUUAAUUUGAGAUUUGAUUUAUAUUAUAAGACUAAGCUUUAAAGUUUAAAUUAUUUAAAUUCGAUACAUUUUUCGUAUCCAAAAGAUUUAAAUUUGAUUUCAAAA